CAUUAAACUUUUUUCCUUCUUUUUUUUCUGACAUUGGUAAGAACUUGGAUGUUGCACCGGAUGGUCUUAACCACGUGAUUUCAAACUUUCAGAAUUCAGAGUUUCGUGCCACGAUGAUGGAGAAGAAUCUUUGACAGGGAAGUGAAACAAAAGAAAGAAUGGGAUCUAAUGACAUUUCGGCCCACGUGUACGAACGUGUAAUCAGCAUUAUAAGUAAGCCGCCCCACAGACGCACGGAACUAGAGAUCAGUCAAAUCCUGUCUUGGUUCAAGAAAAAGUCGGAAUUAUUCAAACAACUCAAAGAUGAGAUUAUUGCUGACAUAGUGAAGAACUGUGAAUUUGAGACAGACGAAAAAGAUGACGUCAUCAUUAAGCAAGGGGAUAAAGGCGAAUGUUUCUUUAUUAUCUUAAGUGGGACCGUGUCUAUUUAUAUCAACACAAACUUUGGUGCUGAUGAUGAUGCAGGAAAUAAUAGCACGUCACCGGAAGUGGAAGUGGUGAGAACCAAAAGCGGAAUACGAAACAAACCACUUGACAGGUCUAUUUACGGGAAUUAUGUUGGCAAAAUUGAUGCAGGACGGAGUUUCGGAGAACUCGCUCUGAUAAAUGCUGAUUGUAUACGGAAUGCUACAAUCAUUGCCGACGAGAAAACCGAUCUAGUUAUUGUCAACAGGGAUUUGUACAAGAGAUCACUCCAUGACUUUCAGGCCAAGGAUUUUGAAGACCGGAAGCGGUUUGUAGACAGUCAUGCUAUGUUCGAUAACUGGCUGCCCAAGUACAAAAAGCAGAUGGCUAUGAGUCUGAGGCGGGAGAAAGUCCUGUUUGACUCCACUAUUGUCCGCCAGGGGGCACCUGUUGAUGGCAUUAUGUUUUUGUUAAGUGGUCAGGUAAAACUGCUGAUGGAUCCUGUGUAUCACACCAUGCAAUAUCCGAACUAUUUCCCAAUAGCGGAUCCCGAGGACUUGGAGCGAACUCAGGCGAGAGAAUUACUACGCAGAGAGCUGAGCAUAUCUCCAUCCAAACAGGAGGACAACAAAAAGUACUCACCCUCAUCCAUGUCCUCAAUGUCCACCUCUGAGAGCAGGUGUAAAACUAGGACCUCACAGGUCCCCAGACACACCAUUGAGGUCUGUAAUCUGGGGGCCUUCGAAAUCAUAGGUGAUCUAGAGGCGGUGAUCGAUCUGCCCACAUACUGCUACACAGUGAAAUGUUCCCAGGAGGCAGAAAUGUUCAUCCUCGACCAGAAAAACUACGACAGACUGAUUGAAAAACGCAAUCCUAAAGUAAUUGACAUUCUCAAAGAGUCAGUUAGAGAAAAAUACAAACUGAGGUUAUCAUGGCUUCCAAACAAGGAACUUCCGCUUAUACGAUACUUCCUGUACAUGCUUCGGGAGGAGGAGCGGUCAAAAAGGAGUCGUCCACAGAAAACAAUCAACAAAGAACCGACACAAGACUGGAGUGUAUCCAACCUAAAAAAGGGACCAUUAAUUGACAUGUUUGGACCCGGAAGUGUGUUUUUCCUGAUUCGAAUGAAGGAAAAGCAACGCCAAUUGGAAAAAGAGCGCUACCAGGGCGCGAAAAAAAGAAUGCAACAAACACGUCCAAGAAACCCGCCACAAAUUGCUCCCACGGUAGAAACAAUUACGUAUCAGACGUCAAAUGAAGGUACUUUUGUGUCACAGUUAGGACGAGCUUCUACAUUGGAUAGUGGGGUCGGCUCAAGUAGAACACCUGAUAGAGGUCAGAGUGAGGAGGAGGCUUCCUGUGAUGACAGCGGUAGAGAGUCCUCCCACAGUCGACUUGUCUGUGAAAGUUCACAAAGUCGCCAUGGCGAUAUGUCGCCUAGUCAUGACUUUACGUUCAUUGACCCAGAAAUCAACGACGAUAACCUUCUACGACUUGAGCAAAGACUCGAAGCUUGGAAUAAUAAAAUGUCUUCCGUAACUCAGAGGAAAAAGAACACGAAACCUGUAAAACUACCUCGAUAUAUACAUGAGGGUCCCUUAGCUCCAAUUCCUGGCAAAAAGGUGUUCAUAAAACCGAUACGGAGGAAAGACAUUGAUAUCAUCGAGACUAUAAAGAAGAAUUUGGAGGACAAUAACCCUAGCUCACUGAGCAGUUACAGAGAUGGAGAGUCCCUAGAUCGCAGCGCCCCUCAGACAGCGUCGUCGGUCAGAAUCCAAACAAACGGAAAGAAAAGUCGACAUCGGCCGUGUAACGUCUCCUUCGGUCAGCAUCCCAUUGUACGCCGGAAGAGGGCUGCUACAGCGAGACAGUACACCGCGGAGGAAUAUGAUGCGCUGAAAGAAGAGCUUCGCCGGAAACAACAAACAUUCAAGUCGAUUUUUUCCCGACCCCAGUCGGCGUUUGCCUGAAAAUCUUCCAACCCUAAACACAACGUCAAGGAACAUGAAGAAUACUCAUUUCAUAAAAGUUAUCUUUUCCUGAGAAUACGAUGUUUUAAGUUAAACAAUAAAUUUUCUUAUGGAAAUAAAUUGUCAUACAGAAAAAAAACUUAAUUAAAAAAUACAUC